AUGUACAGGAGCAGCUACCUGCGUGAAGUGCGGAAGGAGAAGUACGAACGAUCAGAUGCCUAUGAUGAACUACCAGGCUCCUCAGACUUUGACAGCCUGGCUCAGGCCCAAGGCCUGGAAAACCUACAGGAUCUCAAUGAGAGAUUUGCUAACUAUAUCAAUCGGGCCCGGGUGCUUGAACAGCGCAAUUCCAUGUUACGCAAGCAGCUGGAGACCUUUCAACGCAUAGACGAGCUAGCGGGCUUGGAGGAGGCAUUUGCCGGACAGAUCGAGUUCAAUCGCCAGCGCAUUCGUGAGCUGUCAACUGACCGGGCCAAACUGGAGCGUGAGGAGAAGGACGCGCAGCGCAUGCUCGAUGAGUUCCGCUACAAGUACAGAAAUGAAUGUGAAUUUCAGCAGAAGCUAAAAGAGACUCUUGGACGCCUGAAUAAGGAAGCAGAUGAAGCAUUAUUGUGCAAUCUGGAACUUCAAAUUGAAUCACAGUUCCUGCAGGAUGAUGUUAAUGCCACAAAGGAGAGGCACAAGAAGAAUCUCAUGGAGGUACAAACCUAUGUCAACAUUUUACAGCAGAUCAUCCAAAAAACCCCUCGCGUGUCCUCUGUAACAGCUGGCGUAAGUGAGGAGAAACAGCUAGCAGAGAGGCGAAUUCCCAUCCUGCAGAGUCAGCUGGAGGAGUACAAAAGCAUUCUUUGUCAGCUACAGGCUCAGAAAUCGAAAUUGCAGAAUGAGACAACCAUGCUGGAACAAGCUAUUAAGAACACCCAGGUGAGUUAUGAUGAUGAGAUUCAGCUGUACAACGAGCAGAUUGAAAACCUGAGGAAGGAGAUAGAAGAAGCUGAGAAGACCUUAGAGAAGUACACCAAUGACUGCCGCCAGCUGGUGAUCUACCAGCAGUCCUUAGAGAAUGAGCUGGAGAGGUACAAACGUAUUAUUGAGACUGAAGACAACCGGUUAAAUUCUGCCAUUGCUGGAACCCCAGUUACACUCUUAAUGCAGAGCUACAGACCCACCCAAGCUUCAGUCUCAAGGGGAAGAGAUAUCACACGUGUUAUUCAAGACAUUGCAAGUGUAAAGCCAAGACAAAAAGGUCCACCAAAUAAAAUUUCAAGGAAAAAGAUCAUGCCUAAAGAAAUAGCAGAUAAUCUUGCAACAGAAAAAAUGCCUGAAAGAACUCAGGAAAGCUUUGAUGAGGAGCAGUUAGAAUUUAAACGCCAAUGUUCAGUAACAUGUGAAGCUGAACAGGAAGGAUUAAAGAUAGCUGAGCAAGAACCUGCCCCAGAGGAUGUGCCUGAUGGAGCUCAACUAAGUAAAGCUUUUGAUAAAUUGAGUAACAUUGUAAAACAAAGAAUAAGAGGCUACCAGAAACCAGAGCCUAAAAGUGAUUUCUACACCAAAGGGCGCUAUGUACUUGUUUCAGGGGAAGGCAGCUAUGAGGACCCUUGCUUCCAGUCUUCCUCCAUCCCUGCUGGGGGUGGGAUCACAGUUUCCACUGGCAGUGAACAAACACCAAGUGUCAGUGAGGUGGAACCAAUACCAGAGUUGCCUGAAUCCCCUGAACCAUCAGAAGAAGAAAAGAGAGAGGAUGAAGUGCAGAUUGUGUCUGAGCCUGAAGACUUAAGAGAGAAAGAGAAAGAAGAAAUGCCAGAAAAGGAAAGAAAGUCAGAAGGAGAAGAUGAAGAACCCACAAAGCAUCCAGAUUCCACUGAGCCUGAGGCUUUACCUCCCCCAAGUCCUACUGACCUACCUGAGCCAGGAGACUCAAAAAACAUACAGCAUGAUGAAGAUAGACGCAGUGGCCUUCCUUUUGGAGAAGCGACCUUGCCUGGGUCCAUGAGCUAUGAGAAGGUGGAAGUGGUGGAAUCCAUUGAGAAAUUUUCUGAUGACAGGAUUCAGACUUACGAAGAGACAGCUAUGAUUGUGGAGACAACAAUUGAGAAGACAAGCAAAAAGAAGCUGGGAGACAAAGGCUCUUAA